GUCUGCGCGCUCAGGAGGCUCUUCCGAGCCUGCGCGCGUGCGCCUGGGGACAAGGGGAAGCGCGGGGCCGGCGCUGGGAGAUGUACAAAUUCAGACGAGCCGCCCGUCUGUAAACGCAGCCCGCGGGGAGCCGGGAGGCGGGGAGGAGCGCGGCGGCCCCGCUUUCCCGCCAAGUGCAGCCGGAGGACAGACAGCCAUGCGUGUCCUUGGCGCCAGGGUCCCCGCCCAUCCGCCGCGCGCGCCCGCCACCCGCCCCACGCACGCGCACACGCACACGCACACGCGCCCGUCAUCGGCGUGGGACCCGGUGGCCGCUGGCAUGGCAGGAAAACAAAGCUGCGGCUGCGAGGUGCAGCGCGGAAAACCACGGCCCAGGCGGCCCGGCGCAGGGCCGGGGGACCAGCGUGGCGGCCCCGGGCGCCCCUGGCUUUCCUGCGCCGAGAGGCGAGGGGCGGAUCGCCGGCCGCCCGGGAGGGGCGAGUGUGCACGGAGGUGCCGGUCCCCGCCCGGUGCGGGCACGCACACGCCGGCCCGGCGCAAAGCCCCCCUGCACCCCGCGAUAGGGGACCCAGGCCGAACCCGGCACGGCUGGAGCCUCCGCUCCCUUUCCACAGACAAUGCAGUCGGAAGGCUGGCCUGUUCCAGCAAGCCUUUCCCGGCCUCCUCUCUCAGCGGGAAAAACUCGAACCCCUGCAUACGAGCCUUGGCCUACAGGGCUCCAAAGAUAAGCCCCAGACCCGAUCUCGGAAAGAUGCUGAUCUCUCCUCUCACUCGCAGCGCCAGCCUCGGGGCUCCUCAGCCCGAGCACCUACUAGCGCGCGCGCACACACUCACACGGCACUCCCAUCACAUUAAAACGCGCGCUCCCGGCACUGUUGUUCACGAAGCCGACGCGCAUAAUGAGUGCACAGGUAAAUAGGUACAGGGGAGCAGCCCUCACCUGUCGGAAGCACAAUUUGCCUCUUCCUACUGGGAAUAUGUGGAGCUUAUCGUGUUUUAGCAAUGAUAUGCUGUUCUUUGUGGUUUUCCCCUCCCCUUCUUGCAGAGAGAAGCCCAAAGGGCAGGGGGGGGAAUCAAAACCAAAAACGAAAACCUGUUCCAUUGUCAGUCUUCUUUCUGAUAAGCUACCGAGCAGUGUUCUACAAGACUUAGGGGUGCGUUCGGUAUGUUAGCUGUUGUUUCCGUUUUGUGGUUUUGGGGUGUGACUUCCUGGGGGAAGCAAAAGAACUUGUAUUUGGUGCGGCUGGAGGCCAGGACGACAAUCCGCUCGCGGGGCGGGCUGCAGAAGGCGCGCCUUGUGCUUCCCCGGGGCUGCACCGGCGCCUGCACCUCGCCUGGGCCGGCCGGCUGCACCAGCUCGCGCAGACUGGCGGGCUCCGCGGCGGCCGCUCCGUGUUUUCCCCCAUCCCGGCUUCACGUUCAAGGUUUAGCUGCGAGGUCACGUCCAUUGACGUCAGCUCCCUGUCUCCCUCUACGUCCGGCUACAUUUACAUACAUCAAGGAAAUUAGGGCAUUAAAAAAAUAUGCAAAUCCUGAGCGGAGAGGAGCGGGAGCAUUCUUGGCGCGAUCGCCUUUUAUUGAAGGUUUUAAUUAAAGAGGCCAGUUGGCGAGCCCCUGAAACAACCGCCAAAACCCCCUAAAAGAGAAAAAUAAACGCUGUAGCCUUCGGGAACAGUUGUUUCUGCUGCUGUUCUGUGGGCGGCUGAGGACCGCCGGCUGCCGGGCUCGGAGAAGAACAGGGAGACCACAAGACGAUCUGGUGAACCACGACUCUGUACACCUGGUUAAAGGAUUAUUAUUGCUGUGCGGUUAUAAGCCUAUCCGGGGGCAUAAAGAAUCCCUGAACAUUACAGUGCUGAACAUUUGGCACGUUUCAGGAUCCACGGACUUGCUAAAUCUUAUUCCAAACUGAGGCUGAGAAAACGGUGCUAGCUUUUGCUCACCAUAGUUUUGAAGGAAAAUGGAACAAGCAAAGUUGUUCUUGGAAAACUAGGUUAAUUGAAGGCAAAUAAAGAUAUUCCCCUUCAGCAGAAGGAGCUGGUUAGGAAGUACAUCAAAUGAGGGCCAUGUUAUACAAAUGCCAGUGGGUUUCUCAAGAGUCUUUGGAAGAGCAAUGAAAGGAGAGGAAGUAGGAAGAAGACCCCAGCCCAGCCUGCACUGGUGGGUUCCUGGGCCAGGAGCAAACCCCGGGCACCAGGCGUACCCCACUCUCCUGUGUCCACACUGUCUGAGGCUGGGUUUCCGAGGAGGAGGAGCUGAGUUCUGUCCAGUGGAUCAACCACAGGUUUAGAAAUGGGGGAUCUGUAUUCGGGCUGCCUUCAGACUCUAGCACUAUAUCACCACGUACCACUCCAGUGUGCUGGAGCUAGAACCUCCCCCCUUUUCACUACUUAACCAUUGCAUAAUAAUUACAUUGCCCUGCUUAUUGAACACUAAAAGAGAAUUUGCACCUCUUUCUUUGCAGUUAUUGGCCAGUGUUCCAUUCUAAUGAGGUCCCCGGAUUGGGCUCUAUGGAGGAGGGAGGGGGAGCUUGGUAAAGUUCAGCUCUGAAAUGCAGAACAAAUCCUAUAAAAGAAAGUAAUCGAUUAUCUGAUAGGUAGAGGAGGACAAAAGAACUUGGGGCCAUGUUUAAGUAGGCCUCAGCAGUUUGCAAAAACUUUUCUUUAUAUUUGACACAGAAAACUUCAUAAAUUGCAUUUCUUUCUCUUCUUUUCUCUUUUUCUUCUUUCUUUCAUUUUCUUUCCAGCUUUUAAAUCAUCUCCAACCUGGGAGAUUUUCUUUUCUUUUCUAGUGAAAUGCUCCCGGAAGGCUUGGAUUAGACACCAACUAGCCACAAAUGCCCCAACAAUGAAUAAGCUGCGCCCAGACGUGUGGAGCCGUGUGGAGGGACCGGACCGGACCACAGCCCCCAGCUGUACCUGGUUCGGCGAUGAGGUCUUGCCAGCCCCAUACCAUUAGAUGUGAAAGGUGACUUGAAAACAUGACGUGAUUCUGGGCAAAAUCAUUGUGUCCUGUUGGCAAGAAGAUGUAGUUAUAUUCCCAAGUUCUGCUCAGGAACAGCCGGCCACAUGUCGGGGCUGACCCUUGAGAUGAGACAGGAUCCGUCCAGCACAUGGGAUUCAUGAAGAAACUCAUGUGUUUGGGGAGAGGGGAUGGGGUUUGGGGGUCGCCUCUCCAUUCUUCUUGCUGAGGGCUCCUGUGAUAAUCAGUGGCUCUGGCAGCCGCCUGGCAAACAAGGAUAAUUCAUCACCAAACAAUUUUCACUCUGACAUAGUUUAAUGAGCUCAUUUAAACUUUGCUUUUACAAAAAAUUUUUUCCCUGAUAAUGUUAAUCUUCUCCCUGCUAUUCCUUACAACUUAAUUUUUUUUUUUUUCACUUCUUGGUCGGCCUUGCAGGGAGUUGUGCUGCAGUUAACACAGAGGUAGAGGGCAUCGGUGGGUCAGCACGAGCCUUUUGGGCAGUAAGGUACCCCUGCUCCUGGAGCGACCCCAUGAGAGGCACAUCCUCACGUGUGUGGUGUGCUCCUCCUCACAGGUAUGACAUUUUGUCUGAAUUCCAUAGUCUGAGUUCAGGGGUCCACACACAGACUCCUAACUUCUGGCCACAGUCCUGAAUUCACAGCCAUAACUCUACUGAUGUUUGGUUUUAACCUUUUGAAAAUCAUCUUUAAUGAGUACUUCUUUCAAAAUUAAAGAAGCAGAUUCAAAAUUAGACUUCGAGUUGGUCUCUUCCAAGUUACUCUUUUAUCUUUCAAAAUGAAGCCCGCACCCUCGAAUUCAGCCUUUGAUCUCUUCCGGCCCUGCUCGUCCUUGGCACUCUAAGCUUUCAGACCAGCCUUGGGCAUUGCAAGCAGUGUCCGGAGUCACUGACAGUUUGGAGCAGAAGAGGUCACCAUUCCGAAAUUUUCUUCUCUUCCUGCCUCAUAAAUUGGAGGUUGACAUUGUUUGAACCCCCCUUCUCCAGAUUACAGACAUGGGUAAAAUGUUUUCACGAUUCUCCUCGGUGAGCCCCGGGGUCCUGCCUCUCAGAAGGGGUUGGGGCGCGCUCCCGCGGGCUGCUUUUCGCAGACCUGUGCCGGCAGCCAGGUUCCUGGCAGGUAACUACCCAGAGUGAGGAGGAGCUCCGAGACCCUGCUGAGGGGAGGUCACCUCCAUCUCGAUUUUGCAUCCAAACUCACACCCAGCCAGGAUCUCGGGGUCGGCAGGCUAACAAAAGGCAGAGUCCUCGAAUCGAAACCCCACGGUUUCUACCCAAGGGCCUUGGCCAGGAAACAGCGGGCCAGGGCGGCUGGAGAACCGCGGCCUCAGGUGCGGCUUUCCCCGGGUCCCCAGCUGUGGCCGGCAGCUCUCCGGGCCACUCUGACCUCCGUGGCCAUCGAGCUGGUUCUUUUCCCGCAAACAACACCUGCUGCCAGAUCCAGUACACCUGACACCAGAUGUAG